UGGUUCUCGGGCCUGAGCGCCUUUUGACAUUCGUGUAUCAAGUUGAAUGGCAAAUUUUUGCCUAUAAAUAUCUUCAGAUGUGUGACAUUCAGAUAGUACUCACCCGUCUUUGGUCCCAGCAACAUGCAACUUUUCGCCAUCCUCUCGCUCGCCCUCGUGGCCCUGGCCUCGGCCGAUGUCAGCCACCUGACAAGCACCUAUCUGCCACCCCACUCGGGCGCUGCCUCCUCCACCUACGAGUCCUACCAGUCGGCACCCGCCGAGUCCGCCUCCUUUGCCGCGGAGUCGUCCUACUCCGCCCCAGCGGAAGCCCAGGCGGCCACCUACAACAGCGAGUCAUAUGCCGCUCCUGCCGCCAGCUACAACAGCGAGUCGUACUCGGCUCCAGCUGCCAACGAGAACAGCGAGUCUUAUGUCGCUGCUGCCGAGACCACCGCUGAGGAGUCCUACGCGCAGCCCGCCGCUGUUGCUGCUGCCUCAUACUCCGCCCCCGUGGUGACCAGGACCUACACAGCCCCUGCUGUGGUGAAGAGCUACUCCGCCCCUGCUGUGACCUCCUACACGAACACCUACACCGCACCAGCUGUGGUCAAGACUUACUCUGCCCCUGCUGUGACCUCCUACACCGCCCCAGCUGUGGUCAAGAGCUACUCCGCCCCAGCUGUGACUUCUUACACGAACACAUACACUGCCCCAGCUGUGGUCAAGACUUACUCUGCGCCAGCUGUGACCUCCUACACUGCCCCAGCUGUGGUCCAGACCUACUCCGCACCAGCUGUCACCUCCUACACCGCCCCAGUGGUGACCAAGGCUUACUCUGCUCCCGUGGUGACAAAGACUUAUACUGCACCAGCUGUGGUCAAGACUUACUCUGCCCCUGCUGUGACCUCCUACACGAACACCUACACUGCCCCAGCUGUGGUGAAGACCUACUCCGCACCAGCUGUCAGCUCCUACACUGCCCCCGCUGUGGUGAAGACGUACUCCGCCCCUGCCGUUUCCACCUACUCGGCUCCUGCCGUAUCAACCUACCGCGCUCCAGCCGUGGUGAGCGGAUACUCUGGCAUCGACACCACCUACGGCACCAACGGUGGAUAUGUCUACUAAACGACACUGAAUCCCCAAACCCCUCUAAGCAUAAUGAAAGCACAUUUUUUUUUUAAAUAUAUCGAAAUCAAGUAAUCUAA